CAGAGACCGGAAGUGACGCGGGGAGCUAGCAGAAAGAGCAGACAGUGAGCGGAUCGGAGAGAGAGGCGGCCGGAGGUCAGAGGUCACGGCGGCACCGAGGGGUCAGAGCUUUGGGAAUCACCAUGGAAACCGAGAGUGAGCAGAACUCAAGCUCCACGAAUGGUAGCUCUGCAUCAGGGGGCAGCACACGUCCUCAGAUUUCUCAGAUGUCCCUAUAUGAACGUCAAGCCGUGCAGGCUUUGCAGGCUCUGCAUCGACAGCCGAACGCAGCACAGUAUUUUCACCAGUUGAUGCUACAGCAACAGCUCAGUAAUGCACAACUGCAUAGUCUGGCAGCCGUUCAGCAGGCUACCAUUGCCGCUAGUCGCCAGGCUGCCUCACCCAAUGCAGGAUCCACUCAGCAGACCAACACAACCCAGGGAUCGCAGGCGAACCUUUCCACAAGUUCUUCGGCCCAGCUCCUUAGCCGUACUCAGAAUGUCACAGCACCCAGUGCAACAACCCUCACCCAAUCUGUUCUUCUCAGCAAUGCCAGCUCGCCUCCGCUUAGCCAGUCACAGACACAAAUGUACCUGCGGCAGCCUCAGCUGGGCAAUCUCUUCCCUGUAAAUCGUUCUCUUGGCCGUGGCGUCCCUCUGAACUCCCAGCUAAUUCUGAUGCCCAAUGGCUCCGUAGCCACUGUUCAGCAGGAGAUGACAUCUCCCCAGACCCAAAACAUGCAUCAGGAUUCUGAUCAGGUUCAGAACCUGGCCGUCCGAGGUCAACAGACAGCUCCACCCACUUCCACAGCUGCAGGACCCCCCAUGUCCCAACAGGCACCACUGCCUACCAAACCUGCAGUCCACCCAGCUCCCUCCUCCUCAGCUCCUCCCCAGCUGCCUUCCCCGCCAGUACCACAGACCGUGAAGAGCCCUAUGGGACCCUCUGGAGGAACAGUGAGUCAGGGGAGCCAGACUGAGACGGAGGGGAGAAAGACAGAAGGAGAGAGUGUCCAGCAAAGUGUUGGCAUUAACCUAACCAGAGCUGCAACACCAGCUCCUAAUCAGACCUUAAUUAGCUCUGCUACUUAUACUCAUAUCCAGCCUCACUCAGUCCUGCAGCAGAAGCAAGUGGUUUUCCAGCAGCAGAUUGCAAUCCAUCAGCACCGCCAGUCCCAGCUUGUCCACGCCUCCACCCACCUGCAGCUGGCACAGCCACAAGCUUCCACACAGCAGAAUCUUCAGACGCCCCCAGCCCAGCAGACAUUGGUUGUACAGCCCAUGUUGCAGACGACCCCUGAGGCCACUCUGCCAACCAAAGCUCCUGUACCCAUCCAGCCAAAGCAGCCUGGCAAAGGCAUCCCCCCUCUGAAUCUUCAAGGGCAUCUUGGGACAAAACCUUCCCAGGGUAGUAGAGCGCUCCCCACACCUCCAUCCAGCCAGCCUCACAUCCCUGUGCAGUUGGUGGGGGCCAGGCAGCAAGGCCCUGCUCAAGCUUUGGCACUGGGUGCUCUGCAGGUUCCAUCCCAAGGUUCUUCCCUCACACAGAUGACUUUACCCCCAUCCCCUGCUCCUGUACCUACUGCUGUGACUGGCACAGUGCAGGAAUCGCAAGCUGCAUUUUUUGGAGUGCUGCAGGGUAAGAUACCUGGAGCUGGAAAGCGGAAGGCUGAAUCUGAAGAAGACAGGGAAGAAUCCCCUACGCUGCCUGUUAAAACCUCUCCCCCUGCUGAUACUCCCCCCAAUGUGGAGGAAAGUAGCACCCCAGCUGCAGAUAAAUCAGAAGCUGCCUCCCAAGCCCCUCCUGUUCUUUCAGUAUCCACUGCCCCUUGUGUUCCUACUCUUUCGGUCACUUCUCGCCAGCACAGUGACUCAAAGCCCCCUCAAGCCAUUGUCAAGCCACAGAUCCUAACUCAUAUCAUUGAAGGUUUUGUUAUCCAGGAAGGUGCUGAACCAUUUCCUGUGGGUAGCCCUCAACUGCUAAAGGACCCGGAGAAGCUGCCAGCUGUUGGAACUCUUCUACCAGCAGUGGAAAGUUCUCUUCCAACCCCUGCAGAAGACACAGCUGUUAGUGAUUCUGGGAGUGCUAAGCUCCUGAAAUGCGAGUAUUGUGGGAAAUUUGCCCCAGCUGACCAGUUUCGUGGAUCCAAAAGGUUCUGUUCAAUGACUUGUGCCAAGAGAUAUAAUGUCAGCUGCAGCCACCAGUUUCGGCUAAAGCGGAAGAAGCUGAAGGAGCUUCAGGAAGCCGGGGCUGUGAGAGCACGUAGACCGAGGAGGAAUAGCUCAGAGAUCGCACGUGCCAAGAUCCAAGGGAAGAGGAUGCGGGAAGACUCAAGCCGGGGAUCCGAUAAUUCCAGUUAUGAUGAGGCAUUCUCACCUGCAACGGUCGCUCCACCCUCUUGUAGAUCAUCACAUGGAGAGCGAGAAGGAAGCACUCCCACCAGCGGACCUUCAAAUUCUGACCUCCUGGGGAUAAACCCAGUGUUCCUGUCUAGUAACCCAAGCCGCUGGAGUGUGGAGGAGGUGUACGAGUUCAUAUGUUCUCUGCAAGGCUGCCAAGAGUUGGCAGAGGAUUUCCGCUCCCAGGAAAUUGAUGGGCAGGCUUUGUUGUUGCUGAAAGAGGAACAUCUCAUGACUGCUCUAAACAUUAAACUGGGACCUGCAUUGAAAAUCUGCGCCAAGAUCAACCUGCUCAAGGAAACUUAACUCAGCCUUUUAUGCUAUCCACAUGUGGAUUGGAAAACAAGCAGCAGGUGGCUUUAGCAACAGCGGUCAAUGAUUUUACUAGGAGUACAGACUGAAAACACCUCAGCCGGUUUUAAGGAGAGAAGGAUCUACAGCUUAUUCCAGCAUUCAUAACCUCUCCAUGACUGCUUCAACACUCCUGAACUCGCUCAUCUUUUAUCAUCUCCUCAUUGUUACUCUCUAAAUAUAUAUCUAUCUUCUGUAUGUCUGUAUCUGUUCGUCAAUGCUUAUCUGCAGACAGGUUUGAUAUAUUUAUAAAGAAUAUGAUGGUGAUCCUAAAGGACUCUCAGUUCAAAGGAUGAUAUUCAUGCACAAGGCUGAACAAACAUUAGAAAAAGAAAACAAGGGUAAUUGGCAUUUGUGCAUUAAUAUCCUCCCAAGUGACAUUUUGUGUCAAUGUGUGCUCUUUGUAGAUGUGGAUAGCACUUGGAGGUCUUAGGCUAUUCACACAUGGACAUGUUUUCCAAAGCCUUUCAUAUUCCAUUAAGGUAUCAGGUGUGCCUUAUCGAGAGGCUAAUGCCAGAAAAAUUGACAGGUGCCUCAUUUUAUACAGGCUUGUGUGCAGUUUAUAAAAAAAAAAAAAAAAAAAAGUCUUUAAACCCGAUUCGUCUAACGUUGAAGGCACUUUAUUGGGAGCGGUGCCUGCAUGCUGGAACAAAGUAACUCCUUUGCUUAAGAUCAGGAACACAGAUUGAGAGGUGGUUCUUGUUAAAUUUGCUUUUCUGGAUGCAAAGGAUUGUCCACGCUCUGCUUCUUUUGGACAGAAGUUGGUGUUUGGUGAGCCUGUAUUGGAGUAAGUUUACGCUAUGAGUUUGCAUAUUGGGUGAAAUAAGACAGGCCUACUCUUGGUGUGUGACUAGGUCUGUUCUACUGUGGAUUUACACCUAUUGGAUUUAGAAAACCUACACCCAAAAGUUAAUUGAUAAUACUGUAAAUAAAUUGGCACAUUUUAUCUA